GUUUCAUAUUAUUUGUUUGUUUUCAGAUUUAAUAGAAUUGGUAUGAGUUCUGCAAAUUCAGAAAAAGAAAAUAGCGGAGAUUUAGGUGUGAAAAUCACCGACAAAAAAGUGGGUUCAGUUUGAGGACGAUGAAAAGCGGAAAAAUCUUCCUGAAAUUACAAUGCCCCCUCCAAAAUCUCCUGUUGUAACAGACAGUAAUGGCAGUGGAUUGAAGUCAGCAGAGACGCCAUUGUCAGUGCCCACCAUGUCUGCUGCCCAGUACAGUGGCGCAGUGAUAGCAACUGAGUCGGUACAUAUCAACCUGGAUCGUGGGAACUUGAACCGGUCCGUAUCUGCACACGAUACGUCCACUGAUACCCCCGAUACUACCAUCAACAUGUGCACCGUCAACUUACAGAAUGGUGACACAGCCUCACCCGCCACUGGCAUCAUUCGACAGGGCUUCGCUAAUGGGGACAUUAUAGUCACACUUCUGCCUAUUAACUCCAGUUUACCUUGGAUCACACCAGCCAAGUUCCGCCCCGAGUUGGUGCCUGAAGAGCUUAUGGCACAAGGAUUAACGCUGACAGUGGAAGACUAUGUGAAUAUCAUGGACCUUCUGACCAAUGACGUCCGCUUCAGCAUAUACAACGUUUGCUACAAGCGGGUGUUAGUGGUGUGGAUCUUCACAGCCUUUGUGAUCCUGCUGGGUCUGCUAUUCUCAGGGCUCACUGGUCUCACAUUGUUUGGGCUCGGAGUUAUGUGGCUCGUGUUUAAUGCUGCGGCCAUCUUCCUCUGCAUGUGGAUCAAGAUUAAGCUCAAUCACAAUUUGGAAAGAUGUAUGGCAAAUGUGAACAAACAUCUGUUAAGACAUAAUAUUAUCUUGGGGCUAGAUGACAGAGGAAAGAUCAGCUGUCACAAAGUCAACUUGUGCUUCAUCUAUUUCAAUGCCACUGACUGUAUUAAAAAAUUGCAAGAAGUGAUAGACAGAGAGGAGGCAGAAGGAAGGCCCAUCGGCCGCGAGGAGACCUCGGAUGAGAAGCGUAAACAGGCGGCAGUUCGGCAGAGGAUGGACAUAGAAGAUCAAGACAUCAUCAUACAAGGCAGCAACCCUAAACGGCUCUCCAGGAAAAAACAGGGGCGAGGAGAACAAGUAUUGAGUCGUUAUCUCCAACGAUGGUGCAAAGACUAUCUGCGACGGCGCCUCGACUGGACUAUAGACGAGGAGGGUGGUAACCCUCCCAACCCUCGUCAUCUACCCUCUGCCCUCUGCCCCUGUCAGUACAUCGAGGAGCACCUGAGGAAUAAGCCUAGGCGGGACCCCAGGGCUUGUUGUCCUUCUUUCAGUGCCUUUCUAAAGGAACGAGGCAUCGAUUGACUGUCCACCACCACCAUCUUUGCCUGGCCCUAGUUAAAACACUCAUAGAUUACUAGUGUUAAGAUCAUUUAGUAGUUAUUGUGUCAAAUUGACAUUUACAAUACGUAUUCACUACAAUUCAAUACAAUGAUAUUAAUUAGCCAUCUUUACGAACAAAAGCAUCUAACAGGCAUUGACAUUUUUAUUGACUAGUAAUAUAUUUUAUUUAUGUCAAUAUAUAUUAUAACCAACUAUCGACCGUUAUCGUGCCACAAUUGAUAAAAUGCACGUGUUUUAUUAGGAUGAGAUCAUCAUCUAUGUUAGUUUGUGACCAUUCACUCCAAUCUAUCCAUGACAUAUUGUCUAUGGUGAUGUUUUAUUUAGUGUUCUUGGUCUGGUUGUUAUAGCAGGGACUGAUAUAAAAUAAUGAUGAAAAUGUAUUAUUGUUUUUAGAUCCACCCAGUUCUGACUUAGACUUUGAGAAGUAUGACUAUUCUGAAGUAAUAAUUUAGUAUGAUUAUAAAAAUAACCUUGUAGAGAGGUGUGACAUCAUGUUCAGUCCAUUGUGACACUACAUCCUGUCAGUGAAGGCUAGGUGUGGACAACUUAGUACUUUGUGUUUACCUAGCCUUCCUCUCAAGUUGAGGAAUACAAAGAACUCGGAUCAGUUUAUCACCCUGGUAAUUGUCUAAAAUUUCAAUUAAACAAGAUUUUAUUUUGUGGCUUGGUUGUUGGAGGUCCAAGUGUUGUCUUCUUUGGCUAAGAAGUUUUGUUAGAGAGUGUGUUCAAAUCCCAAUCUGAGCAGUAAAAAUGUGUUUUUGAAAUUACAUGAAAAAUGACUAUUUUGAGGUGGAGUUAGGGCUCUUUUAACUCUGUCUUCCAUUCAAACUUGAGAUAUUAUACACCCUUGUGUAAAAAAUAUUUUUUUUGGUCAGAUCACAUGGGAUAGGAAGCAAUAAGAGGGUUUAAUUAUUAAGAGGCUUGAGUUGUAAGUAAUUGUUGGAACUUCUAUAAAUAUACCAGAUCAAAAUAGGUAUUCAUGUGACUCUUGUUUAAGGAACGUUUCACUUCAGGAGAACACAUACACCAUAGUUUUACAGCCAUGACAGGCAUACGUUAUGAACAAAACCUCCAAACAGGGUUAAAAUCAAAUGAAGUGUACAUUAGUUGCUCUGGCUUUUUAUUAAUCCUUAUUGUUGUAUUUUUAAACUUAGA